UUCGUCACGCCCGUCCUUUCAUACUCAACUAUUUACUCGAUCCAAUAUAUUUCGCUUACUUUACACUUUAAAUUAUUUACUCAGGUGAAAAAACAUUAUUUACGCAGUUACUGUACUACUUAUUUAAUUAAUAACUUAAAAUUAUUUCAUUUUGUAUUGUCAUUACAAUUUACGCGCCAAAGCAGCCAUGUUGUUUUUAUUUUUACUCAUUCUAAUUUCAAAUUCGUCUGCUGAACUUUUUUUAUUUAAGAAUUUUGUUGAUAAUGAUAAUAAUGUUACGACUGAUACGCAAUAUAAACUUCGUGACUUAUAUAAAUAUAAUAAUAGGGGGGAUCCCUUAUGGGUCUUAUCUUUGAGCGGCGAUGAUUGGAUGAACCCAACUUUAAGACUCGGAAGCAGCAAAGAAUUGGAAGAUUUUUUUCAAUAUAUUGGACCUUUGAUGAGAAUAACUCGAGGGCGGUUUUCAGCAAGAGUGAAGAAAAACGACCCAAAUAGAGCAAAUUCCAAUGAAGACUCACUGCAAGCACCAACACAGAAAGAUUUUAUGAAAAUGAUCAAUAAGUUCGCUUUGUCAUCAAGUGUUGAUCCAGAUGCGUACAUUACUGACAAUAAUCAGGAAUACGACAGCCCAACAAUCACAAUACAUUUUAAAGGGCAGAACUCCGUGUUAUUAGUGUCUUUGGGCAGCAAACAGUGGCACUACAUUAUCAACAGUCGGUCGCUGCCAGAAUGGUUUUAUGAAACCCACGACACUACUGAAAAUCCUCUCCCUCUGCCAGACGAUGUCAAAAUUCAGUUUUUUAAUUCGUUAUGGCGCUUGUUGCAUUUGUUGUUUGGUUUUCCUGUUUAAUUUUCUUUGUUUAUAAAUAAAUAAAUACAUUAUGAGGGUUAUUAUUACAUUCACAUAAACACCCUACAUGGCUGCACAUCAUAAUAAGUUUUGUUU